AUGUCGUGGAAGCCAUUAAAUUUAAGUGCAGUUUGUUUGGAGAAACAGGCAACAUUAACACAAUGUUCAUCGACGGGAUUUAUGCUUUUAGCAUUAGUAAUGAAACUCUUCGGUGGUGCCUCAUAUAGUCUUCCAUGUGAAAAGAAAAAACGCUCUUCUGAUAAUAUACAAAACUCAGAUUAUUUUGAGUCACCAUUUUCUGAAAAUUUUUCAGAAUCUAAAAAUGUUCCAGAAUAUUCGUCAUCGUAUUUGAGUGGGAGUUAUUCAAACGAUUAUAAUAAGUUCUUAAAAACUUUUUCCGAAAAUCCAUUUACGGAUGGUGAUUUUUUUAAUAAAGUACCCUUUAAAACAAAUGACCUUGAAUCCGACAAAUAUUUUGAUGAUGAAGUUUCUAAUAAAGAGCUCGUAAAUGAAGAUUUGAAGCUGAAGAAAAAUAAAAAGAGCGAUAGAACAAGAAAGAUACAGGAAUAUGAUUUCAUAAUUGUCGGAGGUGGUACCGCCGGAUGUGUUGUGGCUAAUCGCUUAUCAGAAAUAAAGCAAUGGAAGAUACUGCUAUUAGAAGCUGGUGGGGAAGAGCCCGAUGUCACAAGCGUUCCAGCGUUUGCAACGGCAUUGGGAAGUUCUAGCAUCGACUGGCAAUAUAGAACUCAACCAGAAAAACUGACAUGUCGCUCUUUGCGGGGUCAAACAUGUACAUGGACAAGUGGUAAAACUAUGGGAGGUUCGAGCGCAAUCAACUAUUUAGUCUACAUGAGAGGAAACAAGCGCGACUAUGAUAACUGGGCUGAGAUGGGAAACUACGGCUGGAGCUACAAUGAGGUCCUGCCCUAUUUCAAAAAAUCUGAAGAUAAUCGUGAUAAAGAAUCGAAAGACUCGUAUUAUCACUCAGUCGAUGGACCACUCACUGUGGAAAGAUAUCCUUACACCGAUGUAAACACAGUUAUGCUUGUUGCCGCUUUUAGAGAAAAAGGUCUCCCAGUGAGAGAUUUAAAUCAAGAAGAUAAUUUCGGAACGGACAUAGGUCUAUCAACGUCUAAGAAUGGUCAAAGAGUGUCUACAAACGUUGCUUUUAUCAAACCUAUUCGAAAUAAACGUAAAAAUUUACAUAUAGUAACAAACGCACAUGUGAUCAAAAUAAAUAUAGAUUCAGAAACUAAAGUAGCUAAGGGAGUAACUUAUGUAAAAAAUGGAAUCCAUUACAAAGUGUUUGCAAAAAAAGAAGUAAUUGUUAGCAGUGGUUCACUGAAUUCUCCAAAACUACUUAUGUUGUCUGGUAUAGGUCCUAAAGAUGAGUUACAUAGUUUAAAUAUAUCCGUCCUUUCAGAUCUUAGCGUCGGACAAAACUUACAAGAUCAUGUCACAACUAAUGCACUAAUUAUGUCACUUACAAAUAAAACAUCUACCGCAACUGAUCAAUCAAAAAUGUUUAACAAAAUCCGUAAAUAUUAUAAACAAUAUCUUAAAAAAACUGGACCCUUAAGUUCAACGAGUGUACUAAAUAGUGUUGCCUUUAUUAAAACAAAAUAUGCAACAGAAAAUGUGCCAGAUAUUCAAAUUCAUUUUAAUGGUCGUAAUGUAGAGGAUUUUUUCGCUGAUACUACGACUUAUUUAGCAGCAGAUUUUCUUCCCUUACCUUUUUAUAAUGGCAUUGGAGCAAGACCACUUUUACUUGUACCCAAAAGUAAGGGCUAUCUUCUUCUAAAUAAAACGCAUCCAAUUUAUGGACAACCUUUGAUAUAUACAAACUUUUUUACAGUUAAAAAUGACGUCGAUGUGUUGGUUGAAGGAAUGAAAUAUGUCGUUAGCUUAGAAAAGACAAAAACUUUCCAAUUUUUUGGGGUCAAAUUUGUCAAAAAUCCAGUAAAAGGUUGUAAGCAAUAUAUUUGGGGUACUCGUGACUAUUUCUCUUGUUUACUUACCCAAUAUACGACAACUAUAUUUCAUCCUGUAGGAACUUGUAAAAUGGGACCGGCGUGGGAUGAAGACGCCGUCGUUGACCCCAGAUUAAGAGUAUAUGGUAUAGAUAACUUAAGAGUUAUUGACGCAUCAAUAAUGCCAGUAAUAGUAAGGGGUAAUACGAAUGCUCCGACAAUAAUGAUAGGAGAAAAGGGGUCAGAUAUGAUUAAGGAAGAUUGGUUAUAA